AUGAAAAUAGAACCGGUUUACGUUAGUGGAACCAGUAUAGCAAUAGAAAGCAGACCCAUAGUCGGUCUCACUCUUAACUUAAUGCACCCAUGUACACCAGUUCAGGAAGCACAACCAUGCCUAGAACACGGUGGUGGUGACGUUGGGAAACCAUCGUCCCUUUCCUUUCCACAAGCCGAGGAUGAAUGUUCACCAAAAGCCGAACAAACGAUACCAUCAAUUGACCCAUGGGCUCCGGGCAGAGUAACUUGUUCACUUAAAGGUGGGAUUACAGGACUUCGACCUGUUAAGAAUCAAUAUUCCAUAGUCCUCUCUGGGCCGAGCCAGUGGCAGGCGCACAAUUUGAAUAUUUUCCAACAAUCGGACGAGAAAAUCUCCGAUGCUCAAAUCACGGCCGACCGUGCGAGGCGAUGCGUGGAACAAUCUUACAAAGCCGCCGAUCAAACGCAACUAGAGACAACAGAUUGUUUGAAAACACGCGCUAACCUGGUGCACCGUUACAAGACGGAACUGGAGCAUGCGAUUGUUGCCACUACCGAAGAAAUAGGACUGUUGGAGGCUGAACGUCGUCGUGUACAGCAAUCUCUAUCCGUACUGACCGUACCUACAUCUAUCGCGGGCGAGUUUCUGCAGUUACGCUGUUCCCGCUUAGAAUCGGAUCUCGUACGUGAUGCUGUCGAGGAUCAACUCGUCCAGGAAGUGACGCUUUGCGCCGAAGUACGGGAUUUACUGAACAGAACUCUCGAGCAAAUCAAGCUGCGGAUGAUCGAACUGAAGACGGUCAAAGCGAGUUUGGAAAACGAUUGGUCCGAUAAGACAGACACUUACAAUAUAGAAUCCGUUUGCGUCAAUUUAUCGAACGAUUCUUCACAGAUAAUGUGGAGAGCCGGAUCUACGAGAUUUCCGGCUGUUCAAUCAACGCCUACAAGUCACGAACACUUCACGCAAGAAGGUUUGAACGCCAGUGAGACUGCCAGGAAAAAGUCGGCUGAUCUGAGAUCAAAUUUAAAUAAAAUAUACAUUGAGUCUAUUAAAAGUCUGCGCGACCAAGCAACUCGCGUUGACGUUGCGCUCGAGGAAAAAGUGAAACUUACGCAAGACGUUCUUCGGCAAUUGGAGGUUGAAUUACUUCGCUGCUUGCAGGAACUGGCGAACACGGAGAAACUGAUCGAAGAACUUCGGGGCUCGACAAAAGGAUUGAAUAAUGCCAUGAAAUUAGCACAAACCAGACUGGACAAUAGACUGUUACGGCGCAGUGUUGAAAACUGCCGGGAUAUACCUCAAUUCACACUUAUCGAAGAAGUAAAAUCUCUCGGCGAACGUAUCUCCGCUGUGUUGGAGGAGUUAAAACGCGCCGAGAAGUCUCAUGCAGAACUGAUCGAAACAAGAAGCAUUCUGGAACACGAAAUAAUAGUGAAACGGAAGACUUUAUACAUAGACAAGGAACAAGGCUUACUAUUGCGUUCACGUUAUCCUUCUGCCGUAGCCUUAUCAGGAUAUUAAUAUAUUGCAUAUGCAAUGUAGCAUCUGACGGUAAUUAUUUAAAAACUCAGUAUCUCAGUAAAUAUUGUCCCUCAUCUUUAUCUACCUUUAGAAUGUCAUUUGAAUAAAAAUAUAUAUUUUACAAGUUGUAUGUAAAUUAAUAAUAUUCUAUAAUUUUUCGCAUUAAGUAAAAAAUGACAUUCUGCUUUAUACGGUUCAAGUAAUUUAAACGUUUUUGGAAACUUAAACGACUGAGUUACAACUAACAUUUUCAAACAAGAAAAAAAUGAAAUAUGGGAUUAUCGGAACAUUAAUUUUUAACUUACCUUGCAAAAUAUAAGAUAGAAUAAAUGAUACAAAGAUGGGAUUAAUUAAAAUCAAUAUUUAAGGUAGUUGUUUUUUUUAUUAGUAACGGUAACAGAAUGUUUAAAGAAUACUGAUAAAACAAUAUUUUAAUGGUGUUUCAAUAAUGAUCAGUUGUAAUUUUAAUGAGGCUUUAAUAAUGUUUUAAUAAUCAAAUAGAGAAAAUAUACACGGUUAGACAGGCUUCAACAAGGACAACAUGGAAUUCAGUUAAAUGUAUAAACACAUGACUCUGUUAAAUAUCCAAUCAAAUCAUGAAGAUAGGAGUAGAAGAUUAUCAAAAAGUAAAUAAAUAAGCAAUGCAGUGGUAGUUCCAGCAACAUGCGCCAGUAUAGGAACUCUAGUCAGGUUUUACAUUUCCAUGUAGUAUACAUUUCCAUGU